GGAAAGCUUAGCAUGGAAAUCAGAAUCUCCAUUAUGGAAUGCAAUAGAAAUGUCUGGUCUUAAUGUACCUUCGUGUGAGGAUGUUUCUUUACCAAGACCUCCAAAUUCAACAACUACAUGUUCUUCACAAUUAGUAUCAUCUCCCCUUGCUCAUCCAGCUGUUCGUCGUGUUACGAGUGAGAGGAAAAAUCCUCAGUCACCUAUAGGACUCAGUGAAAGAUUCCAGUCACCCACGCCUUCUGGUAUGUCGAGUGCCAGACGGAGAUUGUUUGCAACUACAUCAUCUACUUCAUCGGGUCAUGUAACUUUGACCACUCCUCAACCAGCUUCAAAUAAUGUUUCAGCUGCAGAAACUACAGUUAUAAAUAACCCAAUUAUGAGUCCUGGUCGAAAUGUCACAAUAAUAUUGCAACAGGUUCAAAGUGAUAAUGGUGUUACUUAUCUGCCAGCACAUAUUACAAGAUCUCCUGUAUCCCAAGCUAAUCAAUCUAUCACAUGCAUGAAACCUUUAACAACAACUGUUGUUGGCACAAGUUCCCAGACAAGUGUUACAAGUACACAAGUAAAAUUAGUUUCAUCCGAAACUUCGAAUAAACCUAAAAGAACAGGAUCUUUGGGACUUUUCUUUCGAAAGGUCUAUCACCUUGCUGGAGUUAGAUUGAAAGAGUUGUGUGAUAAACUUGGUAUCUUGGAUGAUGAAUUACGACGCAAAAUUUGGACUUGUUUCGAGUAUUCUCUGAUGCAGCAUACAGAUCUAAUGUGUGAUCGUCAUUUAGAUCAACUACUUAUGUGUGCAGUAUAUGUCAUAUGCAAAGUAACUAAAGAAGACAGAAGUUUUCAAGAAAUUAUGAAAUAUUACAGAUUACAACCUCAAGCUGCUAGUCAUGUUUAUCGAAGUGUUCUUUUAGUUAAUAAAGGAAACAAAAAACGCAGAAAUUCUGGAAACAGUGAUAAUAGUAAAGAUGGAUCUGGAUCAAAUUCUCCUGUUCCAUCUGAAAAUUCUAAAAGUGAUGCAAACACUGAUAAAGAAGAAAAAGAAUCAAAACGAACUGAACAGUUAAGUACCAUUCGUUCAUCAAGCACUUUGCCAGUACCCCUUCCUAGUAGUCAGCCUCCAACACCAACAAAACUAGCUGGAACUGGAAAUCAUUUUGAAUUUGAAGAGCGAGGUGAUCUUAUCAAUUUUUACAAUAAGGUUUAUGUGCCAAAAAUUCAGAGGUUUGCUUAUAAAUUCUCACAAACCAAUAAUGGGCUGGAAUCUCCUCCAUUGUCACCUCUUCCCAGACUGAAUGCUAAUCCCCUGUCACCCUGGAGAAGAGUUUCUAAUAAACAUUCAGUUUACAUUGCACCCAUGACAAAUACAAAUUUUCCUCCAUCACCUGGAAAACCACUAUCAUGUUUCUUUAACAAGAGUCCAGGAAAGGAUUUACGAGCCAUUAAUAAUUUUGUAAAAAUGGGAGAGAAGAAAGCAGUGAAACGGUUGUUACAAGAUGAUAGUGAUAAUGAAGUUCCUCCCAAGCAGUUGAGUGAAGAUCUGACUUUACGAAAGAUUCAGAAUGUAAUUACUGAACGGCAAGCUGGAAACGAUAAUGGACUUCCAGAAUAAAUUAUCAAAUUAUGAAGUGACAACUUUAACAUUUUGUCUGUAAAGUUGUACUCUCUGAAACAUUUUUUUUUUUUUUUUUUUCAUUCAGGUACUGCCAUCUCAAUUUGCAAGUCAUAAAAAUAAUGUAAUUCGAAAUGAUGUUCAUGGGCAUCAUUCGGAUUUUUCUUAUUGUGUAGUAUUAUAUUCAUGUAUAUUUCAGUUAAACUUUUAUUUUACUUUUUGCUGUGUAAGAAUGUCUUAUGUGAAAAAUACUGAAAUGGUAGUAUAUUUUGUUUUAUCAACAAAGUCAAACUGCGAAAUAAUAUUUUAAAAUACUUUAGAUCAGAAUCAGUCUAAUUUUGAUUGUUUAAAUGUAUGUCUUUUAAUCUAUGGUUGUUUUUUGUUAUGCGUAAGCAUUUUGUUAUGUUUAUCUGUUUCUUUUCUUAGAUUUAUAUAAGUAUUUUUGUACAAUAUUUUAUGCAGUCCAUGUAAUUUUAAAAUGGAAAAAUGUAUAAAACAGCAAAAAAAUAUUAUACUUUUUCUAUUUUGUGACUAAGAAACCAAAUUUUCUUUUAUGGAACUGAUGCUGUGGGAGAAGGGAAAAAAAAAAAAAAAAAAAAAUCUUCACACCAUCGGUUCUGUAAGGAAAAUUCUGAAUUGUAUGAAGCAUAAACUUGAUAGGCUUGUAUAACAAAGCUUCAUGUUUGUGUUUAUUAACCCCUUAACUGCCGCGGGCGUAUAUAUACGCCUUGCUCAGCCGAUGCGUUAACUUUGCGAAUAAUUUUAGGUGUAGCAGCGCAAAGCAAAUGAUAGCAGUUUGGAAGGACGUAUGCAUACGCCUGGGGCAGUUAACGCAUCGGCUGAGCAAGGCGUAUAUAUACGCCCGAGGCAGUUAAGGGGUUAAUGAAGUAUUCUUAUUAACUCUAAUAUUUCAUAUUUAUUUAUCACUAUGAAGCUUAUUAAUAAUGGUAAUGUGGAAAAAGUAUAGCAUGCUAAUAUUUUUGAUGAGAACAGUCACAGAAUUUCUUUUUAAUUCAUCCCAGUACUUUUAUUGUUCAUAUUUGCACAUAACAUAAUCAAAAGAGGAAUUCAAUAAUUACUGUAUACAUAUUUCAUAUAUAUGCUUUUGUGAAACAUUUUCUUUGGCUGAAUAUUAAAUGAAUUAAUUGCAUGGGUUAUGAAAUAAUUUGUAACUGGAAAAAAUCUAGGAUAUUUAUUUACAAUUUUUAAAGUUGACGUAACAUAAAAAUUCUUCAAAUUUUAAAAUAGCAAUAAAAUUUUCAUUAAUUAUGUGUAA